UUGAGAGAAGUGCGCUGCAGUUCAAUUGUCCACAUUUUGGACACAAACAUGAAUCUAACAGCGGAAAGCCACAGAAUCCCUUUGAGUGAUGGUAACAGUAUUCCACUCCUGGGACUGGGCACCUAUGGGGACCCUCAAACGACACCCAGAGGCACUGCAUUGGACUGUGUCAAGCUGGCCAUAGAUGUGGGCUACAGGCACUUUGAUGGGGCGUUGAUAUAUUUCAAUGAGCAUGAAGUGGGUCAAGCCAUUAGGGAGAAGAUAGCUGAUGGAACCGUUAGAAGAGAGGACAUCUUUUACUGCGGAAAGCUCUGGAAUACCUUCCAUCCACCAGAGUUGGUGAGACCAGCCUUAGAGAAGACAUUGAAAGCCUUAAAACUGGACUAUGUGGAUCUCUACAUCAUUGAGCUUCCAAUGGCCUUCAAGCCUGGAAAGGCCUUUUAUCCAAAGGAUCAAGAUGGAAACUACAUCUACCACCACACAGAUCUCUGUGCAACAUGGGAGGCUUUAGAGGCUUGCAAAGAUGCUGGACUGGUUAAGUCCCUGGGAGUCUCCAACUUCAAUCGCAGGCAGCUGGAGCUGCUUCUGAAUAAACCUGGUCUCAAACACAAACCCGUAUCCAACCAGGUCGAAUGCCACCCAUAUUUCACACAACCAAAACUUCUGGAGUACUGUCGUCACAAUGACAUCGUGAUUGUUGGCUAUUGCCCAAUUGGCUCCUCCAGAGAUGCAUCUUGGGUGAAUUUGAAAUGUCCUCCUCUGCUGGACGAUGAGGUGCUUGUAUCCAUUGGGAAAAAAUACAACAAAAGUAGUGCCCAGGUGGCCCUGCGCUUCAACAUACAGAGAGGAGUUGUAGUGAUCCCAAAGAGCUUCAACCCUGAGCGGAUCAAACAUAACUUCCAGAUAUUUGAUUUUUCACUGACUGAGGAAGAAAUGAAAGCCAUUGAAGCACUGAACAAAAAUAUUCGGUUUGUUGAGUUGCUGAUGUGGAGUGAUCAUCCGGAGUACCCCUUUCAUGAUGAAUACUGACCUUUGUAACUUUUACAUGAUGUACUUGAUUUUUAAGAAAGGUGGAAUAAAUAACAGAGA